GCCCGGGCCACGUCCACCUAGCACGCAGGCGCGCCCUCGCGUAGGAAGGGACACACGGCCUUCGAUUGGUUGCGCUGCGGGGCGGGGCCGGACCGGACCAAGGAGCUGACAGUUGUCGGCGGGGAGGGCGAACGGGCGAAGGGGAGGGAGUGUAAAUAGAGGGAGGGCGGUGUCGCGUCGGCUCCGCCACCUCUGGACGACUCGUGAAGAGCCCCAGACAGAGAUGGAAGAAGAUGAGCAAGAGCAGCGGCGCAGGAAGGUGGAGGCCGGCAGGGCGACGCUUGCUCACUUCCGACAGAGAAAAACAAAAGGUGACUGUGUGCAUUCGAAGAAAAAGACGGCGAAGAGGAAGGGCCCGCCUGUCGAUGCGCCUGUCCAGGAGGAGAGUCCGCUAGUCACCCAGGAUGGAGGCCUCCUCCAAGGAAGCGGCGCUUGCAGAAGCACAGCAGGCAGCGACAGCCCAGACAGGGCCCGAGGGGCCUUUGCAACUCAGGAGCAAGAUCAAGACUGUGAGUCGAUGGGUAUACCCGAGGACAAAGCUGGCCAGCAGCAGCAGCCUCAGGCGGCUCACAGCCUUGAGUUGGAAGCCCUACGCCUGAGCCUGAACAACAUGCACACUGCACAGCUGGAGCUGACACAAGCCAACCUGCAGAAGGAGAAGGAGACAGCGCUGACUGAGCUGCGGGAGAUGCUCAAUGGCCGGCGUGCACAAGAGCUAGCCCUUCUGCAGAGCAGGCAACAGAGUGAGCUGGAGCUGGUCCGGGAGCAGCACGCCCGCGAGAAGGAAGCCAUGGCACUCCGCUGUGGGCAGGAGAUGGCUGAGCUGAAGGAGAAGUUACAAUCAGAAGUGGACAAAAAUGCCCAGAUGAUAGAGACCCUAAAGCAAGACUGGGAAUCUGAAAGAGAGUUAUGCUUGGAAAAUCUCCGCAAAGAAUUAUCUGCAAGGCACCAGUCAGAAAUGGAGGAUUUGCAAAACCAGUUUCAGAAAGAAUUGGCAGAACAGAGAGCUGAGUUGGAGAAGGUUUUUCAAGACAAAACUGAGGCUGAAGUGUCACUGAAGAGCCUGGAGGCUCAGCAUCAGGCAGCAGUCAGGAAGGUACGCGAGGAUCUGCAGUUGGAGCACUGCCAGUAUUUAGAAAACUUGGAGUUGAAGUUCAGAGAAAAGGAAAAGGAAAAGCAGCUGGAGUUAGAGAAUCUUCAAGCAUCCUAUGAAGACCUAAAGGCUCAGUCACAAGAAGAAAUCAGGCGCCUGUGGUCCCAGCUUGAGUCUGCAAAAACCAGCAGAGAGGAAAUGCAUGAGCCGUGGCCGCCUCCCCUGGCUGGAGUGCUGCACAUGGAGCAGCUGGAACACCUCCGGCAGGAAUUUGCACAGCAACAGCAGCAAGACAGAGCCCAGCACGAGUCUGAACUGGAGCAAUUGAGGCUCUAUUUUGAGAAUAAGUUGAGAGAUGCUGAGAAGACUUACCAAGAGGACCUGAGCCUGUUCCAGCAGCGGCUGCAGGAGGCCAAAGAAGAUUCUCUCCCGGGAUCUGUGGAAAUCAGUUCUUCCUGUGCAUUUUUAGAAGACACAUCUGACAGGGAAGGAAAAGAACAUCCUGAUCAACUUAACCUUCAACUUGAGCAACAGGAGGGGAGUGUGGCGUGCUUACAACCAGGGCCGAAGGAAAAGCACAGGCUGGGAUCAGAUUUGUGUUCCUCCCUCCAUGUCCUACGUGAGGAGGAUGAGUCGGACAGAGGUCUCGUGGGGCCUGAGGUGUUAGAAUGGGAGCCGUUCCGGGCUGUCCUCUCAGACCAGCACAGCCAAGAACCAGCACAGGUGCAGCCCCAGUGUAUGCAGGACACAGCUGUGGAGAUGGAUGCGCAGGUGACAGCCAGAGUCCUGGGUUUGGAAGCUGAGCACAAGCUUAAACUUUCCCUCCUUCAGACUGAACUCAAGGAGGAAAUUGAACUCUUGAAAAUGGAAAACAGAAACUUACGUGAGAAGUUGCAGCAUGAGACCCGGCUGAGAGGGCACCUGGAGAGUGUAAAAUUUAGUUUAGUGGAAGACCACCAGGCAGAACUAAACAAAGCUGAGGAGAAGAUUAAACUACUGAAACAGGAGUUCAAAAAAAAGGAAGCAGAGUGGGAGAUUACACAUGAAGACCUAAAGAGAGAAGCCGAAGAGAAGGUAACCUCCAUGCUUCUUGAGCUGCAAGAAAAGGCUGAAUUGGAGAAGCAGUCCAUAAUAAGCAGGUUUGAGCUUCGGGAGGCUGAAAUGAAGAGCCUUCAGGACCAGCAGGCAGCCCAGAUCCUGGACCUGGAGAGGUCCCUGACAGAGCAGCAAGGCCGCCUGCGGCAGCUGGAGCAGGGGCUUGCUGGGUACGAUGCUCUUCUGUGCAGCCGGUGUGGCCGGGAGCCCCCUGUGGCCCAGCAUGGGGGGCACCCCAUCCCCCUCCGGGAGGAGGACUGCGCCCUCCAGCUGAUACUGGCUCAGAACAGGUUUUUGGAAGAGCGCAAGGAGAUUGUGGAGAAGUUUGCCGAAGAGCAAGAUGCUUUCCUGCGGGAUGCCCAGGAGAAGCAUGCACAAGAGCUCCAGCUCCUGCAGCAGAGGCACCAGCAGCGGCUUCUGUCCUUGAGAACAGAGCUGGAAAGCAAGCACCAGGCUGAGCUUGCUGAGCUGAUGGCUACCCUGGAGAGUGAGCAGCAGGUGCUUCUGGAGACUCGAGUGGCCGAACUGCAGAUGAAGCAUGCUGCUGAGAUCAGUGCUUUGGAGACAAGACAUUUGUCCAACCUGGAUGCUCUGGAAUCCUGUUACCUCUCUGAAAUGCAUACUGUUAGGGAUGAGCACAGGCGGGCUCUAGAGCUUUUGCAAACAGACCUUGAAGAACAGCUGCGGAAAAAGGACUCUUUUCACCAAGUGAUUUUGACUCAGGAGUUGGAGAAACUAAAGCAAAAACAUGACGCGGAGCUUCAGUCUGCAAAGGACAGCCUGAGAACUGAAAUGAGCACAAUUCAUGCAGAGCAACUGGAAGUGCUGGCCAGGGAGCUGCAGGGUACACACCAGGGUAAAUUUGAAAGUGAGCAGAAAGCUGCUGUGAGUGAAGAGGAGGUGCACAGACUGGAGCAUGAGUCGGUGCCGGGUCUUUCCCAGGAGCAGGACCUGCCCCCGCUGCAAGAGGAUAGCCAGACCCAGCAGCUGAAAGGCCAAGUCUUGUCCUUAAGUCGGGAGAUAGAAGAGUGCCGCACUGAGCUUGAGAGGCUGCAGCAGAGGCGUGAGAGGGAGAACCAGGAGGGUGCCACGCUCAUCUCCAUGCUCAGGGCGGACGUGGACCUGUCUCAGGGUGAAAGGAGAGCACUUCACGAUGCCCUGAGGAGACUGCUGGGCUUGUUUGGAGAGACACUGAAGGCAGCUGUUGCCCUGAAGAGCCGAAUUGGUGAGCGCGUGGGGUUCCUCCUAGACCACACAGGCACCACAGCUGCAGACCAGGCUCUGUCCACAGCUCCAGCACUGGAAGAGGUGUGGUCUGAUGAUGCAGCCCUGCUGGAGUUGGACAGAACUUUACCUGAAGGUGCAGAAAUGUCUUCACUGGCGGAUAUUAGCAGUCAUGUAUGUGAGAGCUUUUUCAUGAGCCCCGAGAGUACGCUGGAGUGUGAGCAGCCAAUCAGGAGAGUCUACCAGAGCCUCAGUAUGGCUGUGGAUGGCCUCCUGGAGAUGGCUGUGGACUCCUCCCGACAGGUAGAGGAAGCACGCCAGCUUCAUUCUCAUUUUGAAAAAGAAUUUAGCCAUAAAAAUGAGGAAACGGCACAGGUUGUCCAGAAACACCAGCAGCUGCUGGAGUGUUUGCAGGCAGAGGGCGCUGCAAAGGCCGCUCUGGCCCUGGAGCUGCACACAGCAGAGGGCCUCCUUGAAGGACUCAGGGUAGAGAAGGCGGAUCUGCAGGAGGCACUGGCCCGGAAGGAGGCAUCAGAGCAGCAGCUAGUCCUGGAACUGGAGAGUCUGGGCCAGCAACUGCAGCAGGCGGCCAAGGAGCAGGCUGGGCUGAGAGAGGAGCACUCCCUGCUCUGGAGCCAGAAGGAGGCUCAGGCUGUGGAGGCGGAAGCAAGAGCAGCCGGCACUCGUGUUACUGCAGCACAUAGGGACUCAGCGCUGCAGAAGGAGGUGGAGUCUCUAACCAGGGAGCAGCUGGAGGCCAGGAGGCAGGCGGAGAAGGACCGUGCGGCUCUGCUCUCACAGAUGCAGAUCUUAGAGUCUGAGUUGGAGGACCAGCUCAGGCAGCACCAGGGCUGUGCCCGGCAGGCUGAGCAGGCGGCCACUCUGAAGCAGCAGUUGGCAGCCCUGGACAAACAUCUACGCAGCCAGCGGCAGUUCAUGGACGAGCAGGCUGCUGAGCGUGAGCAUGAGCGUGAAGAGUUCCAGCAGGAGAUCCAGAAGCUGGAGGGGCAGCUCCGCCAGGCAGCCCGGCUGCGGCCUCCAGGCCCUCACGAUCAACAGCAGUACGUGUGGCUGGAUGAGAAGGUUGAAUUGUUGCGAGAAAAAUUGAGAGAAAAAUCAGAUGGAUAUAAUGAAUUGGUUAUAAAGAAAGAAUUGGCAGAUAGACAAGUGUUAAUCCAGGAAGAAGAAAUUAAACGUCUUGAGGAGAUAAAUGCCCACACCAGAGAACAAAUGGCCCUGCUCCAGAAAGAACUGGAAAAACAGAAAGAAAUGGUGAAAGAAUUACAAGAUAAAGAGGCACUGACAGAACCACAGACAAGUGAAUUGAUGCCUGCACCCAUGUCGCAGCCCGGGCCUGAUGAAGGCAGAUGUCCAGUGCUUCCGCUGGGCAGCCUCUGCGAGGACCCUGAGGGCUGGCCAGAGGCCGUGCAGAGAGUCUUCCUACAGGAUGGUGACGAGGUUGUGUACCACAGAAGUUCUGAGGUUGAAGAGCUGAAAUCCAUUAUUGAAAAUUUGCAAGAGAACCAGGAACGAUUACAAAAGGAUAAAGCAGAAGAAAUUGAGCAGCUCCAUGAAGUCAUUGAGAAGCUGCAGGCUGAGCUGACCCUACUGGGGCCUGUGGUACAUGAACUCAGUGACCGUCAAGCCGAUAGUCUCCACAGCGAGCUGCUGUGCUUCCAAGCUGAGGGCCCAGGUGGGCAGGCACUUCAGGGAGAGCUCGAAGCUGCACUUGUGGCCAAGGAGACCCUGGCGCAGCUGCUGGCUGACCAGGCACAUGGACACAGCCAGGCUCUGGAGGGCCUGCAGCAGCGCCUGCAAGCUGCAGAGGAGGCUGCCACACGGCAGCUGGCCGAGCAUGGACACAACAUGGCGCUCAGGGAGGCUGAGGUCAAGGGUAUGACCUCCCGGAUCCAGGAGUUUGAAGCUGUCCUGAAGGAAAAGGAAGCUGUAAUUGUGCAGAGAGAUUUAGAAAUUGAAGCUAUGAACAAGCAGAAAGAGGCCCACUUCAUCAAGCUGGAGGCUGUCCUCUCGGCCUUGGCGCGCUUCCGGCAUGCCCUAGAACAGCAGCCCCCAGCCAGCUCAGAGCCUCCUGAGCUGCAGUGGCUGCGAGCACAAUGUGUCUGCCUUAGCCGCCAGCUGCAGAUGCUAAACCAGCGGUUCCUGGGGUGCCAGGUGGACCUGGACAAGCAGCAGGCCCGAGGGGUACCUGAGACCCACCCACACCCUCAUGUAGACACAAAGAGUGCCGACUUGUUGGAGCAGGGAGGUGGCAGCAAGUUGCUGGCCUCAGACCCUCAUGGGCGGGGCUCACAGGAUGAUCCGCAGCCUGCCAAAGUCCUGGCGAUGCUGAAGGACGCUGAGUUCCAUAAACCAGAAAGUGUGGUGUCAGUGCUUACAGUCUGCCAGAGGCAGCUGGAGGCAGAGCUGCUCAUGGUGAAAAACGAGAUGUGUCUGAGCAUGGAAGAUGAUCCCAGGGCUCCUGGGAAAAGGAAGGGUAAGGAAAAAUGGAUGGAAGAUGGUCAUCUGCAGAAAGUUGAUCUAAUAGCUCAGGUGCAACAACUUCAAGAAAAACUGAACUGUCUGGCACAUUCUGUGGCCUUGCAGGACAUGGACCCUAUAGGGUCCAGGUUCCAGCAGCCCUCGGCAUUGACAUACCUAUCAGAAAAUAGCUCCCAUGGAAGGGCAGAAGCAGAUACACUACCUCCUGUUCAUUCACUUAAUAGCGAUGAAACCACAUGGGAUCUAACUGAUACUACUAAAAAUCAGGAUGCUUUGAGCAGAAAUGAAAUGCCAAAUUCCCUUAUUCAAGAAAAAAUAGAACCCCAGGAUGGACGCCUUUCCUUACAAACCAGUAUGCAUGAUGGCUCCCUCCAUGCUGAGGAGGCAGAGCCCCUGAAGGACCCAGGAAGGGUGCAGGAGCUGUCUUCCUGGAGCUCCCCUGAGGUCUUUCGGAAGGACUCUAGCCUGGAGUACUGGCCCAGCAUUCCCCUAACACCCUGCUCAGGUGCCGUGAGCCUUCGCAAUGCUGAGGCCUCCCCCCAGGACCCUUCCUGGCUGUUGCAGAGCAGCCUGGGUGGGUCCACAGAGGAACAGACCCCGCUGUGGACGGCGACUCUGCCAUCUGACCAGCCUGUGGGGAGGAUCGCUGCGGAGAAGGAUGUCGAAGAUUAUAUCGCAACAUCUUUUGAUUCUCGAGACGUGUUAAGAUCCCCCCCUCCUGGGUUAGAAGGAAGAAGUGAUGAGAGUGAAAAAAUGUUUGUCUCGAUGGGAGGAGCUACGGAGUUGUGCUUCAGCACUGACCCUGUGGUGCUCAUAGGUGAUGGCCUUGGCUGUGGAGUGAGGCUGAACCUCGGAUCCAGAGGACCUGCCACUCCCACUACUGGUGCUGUGACUCCUGCUCCGGUCUCCAGAGGAUUUCAGCAGCCGCCAGGAGUGGUACAGGCGAAGGAGAUCCACACGAGGCAUGUGAAGGCUUUGCUCCAGAUGGUGUGUGACGAGAGCCACCAGAUACUUGCCUUGUCAGAGAGCCGAGACCUCCCCAGCACCCUGAGCAAGGGGGAGCCAUGCACGCCUCUCACCUGCUUCCCAAGUGAGGGGCAAGGCCUGUUGGAGGUGGCCCCCAAGAAAGGAGAGAAGGAGCUCCUGGACUCGCGCUUUGACUGGAGGGCAGAGUUUCUGGAGGCCACCCAGAUGUUUGAGAAGGAGCAGAACAUGGUGCAAGCAGAGCUGCAGCCCAGACCCUGUGUCUCAGACCCGUGGGGUCACAGCCUCCUGUGCAGGAAGCUGGAGAAAGUCGCCCAGGAGCAGGGAGAUCCACAGGAGAAGCCCUGGGAACACCUGCGCCUGCCUGACAGGAGCAGCCUGCUGUCAGAGAUUCAGGCCCUGCGUGCCCAGCUGCGCAUGACACACCUGCAGAACCAGGAGAAGCUGCAGCAGCUCUGUGCAGCGCUCACGAGUGCAGAGGCCCGAAGCAGCCGGCAGGAGCAUCAGCUACGCAGACAGGUUGAAUUGUUGGCAUAUAAAGUUGAGCAGGAAAAAUGUAUAGCAAGUGACUUACAGAAAACCCUGAGCGAAGAGCAGGAAAGAGCAAGGGGCGUGCGGCAGCUCCUGGCAGUGGAGCAGAGCGCAGUGCAGGACCUGCAGUCAGAGCUGCGUGAGUGCCAGCAGGAGAACGCAAGGCUGCUGGAGUCCCUGGGCGAGGCACAGCACGAGGUUCUCCAGCUGAGGUCUCUGCUGGAUGGGAAGGAGAGUGACCUGAAGGCUGCCCUGGAGGAGCUGGAGCAGGAGCGAGGGAAGGAGCGCGCCCUCCAGGCCCGGCAGGAGGAGGAGCAGCUGCGGCACCUGCAGAGGGAAGGCCAGAGCACCAAGGCCCUGGAGGAAUUAAAAGUAUCUUUGGAGAAGCAGUUUACCGAGAACAACCAACUGUGUGUAGCUUUGAAACAUGAGCAGACGGUGAGGGACAACCUACAGCAAGAGCUGCAGAUCGAGCACUCGCGUUGCGAGGCCUUACUGGCGCAGGAGCGGGGCCGGCUCUCUGAGCUCCAGAGGAGCCUGGAGGCUGAGAAGAACCAUGCACGGGAGCUCUCAGAGGCCUUGCAGCAUGAGCGGCUGCUGACAGAGCAGCUGAGCCGCGGUGCUCAGCAUCCACAGGCACACCACGCCAUGCUGCGGAAGCUGAAGGCAGAGAAGGCUCGUGUGCUGGAACUGCAGGUUGCACUCCAGGUGGCGCAGCAGCAGGUCCUGCAAGCUCAGCAGCAGCUGGAGGCCCAGGUUCAGGAGCACUACACGGAGCUCGGGAGGGAGAAGGAGCAAGAAUUAGAAUUACAGCGCCAGCGCAAUGAGCAUAAGAUUGAACAGCUUCAGCAGACGGUGCGAGAACUGCAGUCAAAAGAGGAGGUGCCCCUGGGCAGUGGCCCCUUCCUGGACUCCCUGGAGCUGAGCAGUAUCUGGGAACAGCAGCAAGGACUAGAGAAGAUACGGCAGCAGCUACUGUGUGUGGCUGGGCUCCUGACCAGCUUUGUCAACCGCACCAUGGACAGGACACUUAAUGAUUGGACCUUACCCAGCGAGAAGGCCGUGUCAUCUUUAGUGCAGACUUUGCAGGGGCUGAAGUCUGAACUGAGCAUGUCUGCCUCCUCCCAGAAAAAAAUGGCAGCAGAGCUACAAGUACAGUUGGUGGAUGUGCUGUUGAGAGACAAUGAUUCUCUCACAAAAGCCAUCAGCACUGUGACCCAGGAGAAGGCAGAGCUGUGCAAGGCCAUGUCCAGGCUCGAGAAGACCCUGAGGCACCAUGUGCAGAAGGGCUGCAUCCUCAGUAGGUCGAGCAGGCCUGCAUGGAGGCAAGACAGAACCGUUUCACAGAGUUGGCCACAACACCCGGACUCUGGACGCCCCACGCUGGCUGCAAGUGAGGAAGCAAACACCUGCAACAUCAAAGUGGAAAAAUUGUAUCUUCAUUAUUUGAGAGCAGAGAGCUUUAGAAAGGCUCUGAUUUAUCAGAAGAAGUAUCUGUUACUGUUGAUUGGUGGAUUCCAGGAUUCUGAACAAGAAACGCUCUCGAUGAUUGCUCAUUUGGGGGUAUUUCCUUCCAGAGCAGAUAAGAAAAUGUCCACAUCUCGUCCUUUCACAAGGUUCCGCACUGCUGUCAGGGUGGUCAUCGCAGUGUUAAGGUUACGUUUUCUGGUUAAGAAAUGGCAAGAAGUAGAUCGGAAAGGAGCCUCACUCCUGCAAGGCAAAGCCCCCCACCCAGGACCUCGAGUGCCACGGAAGCAGCUGUCUCUGCUGGAAACCAGAGAGUCCCCACCAACCCAGGAUGUGCCUUCCCACCACGCCAGGGACUCUGCCUGCCGCUCCCCCAGUGGGAGGGAGAGAUCCAGUCCAUCCCCAAGUUCAAGAUUAGAAAGACCGCUGACUGCUUCUCAAGAUCCAGAACAUUCCUUGACAGAAUAUAUUCACCAUUUAGAAAUGAUCCAGCAGAGACUAGGGGGAGCACCACCAGAUUCUACUUCAAAGAAAUCCUAUCGCCAGAAGAUUAAACAAUGAAUAAAGUCCUGUGGCUCUUAAGCUAUGACAAUUCUGUUUAAGGAAAAGCUGUUUUUCCAAGGAAAUCAUGGAGUGUUGCAUAGGGUGCUCUUCACAUGUCCAUGAUGCCAUCCCCAAGUGCCACCAAGUAUUCUUGCCUCUACGGAGUGUGCAAAGGCAGAUGGAGCAUUUUUCUGUGACCUCAGUACCUGCCACACAGCGGCUCGACUGUUCCGUGUCUGAGGGUGGAGCCUCCACCUCCACCUCCUCCAGGGAGCAAGAUGGAAUGGCUUCCAGUUGUCUGUGAAGGUGUCAGAUAAGCACUUCACUUAAGUUUUAAAACACAUUCAAGAAGGAAGGAAUAAAAUAUAAACAAUGUUCAGUUGUGAUUGGCCUUGUGUUGGUUUUAGUUCAUCCAGUUUGUUCUCAUAGGCAGAACAGUAAAAUAAAACUUAGAGUUUAUAUCAGGCUUCUCUAAGUCCACAGUUUGGAGUGGCCCUCGGUCAUUCUCUGAUUGUCAUACAGCCUGCCACCGUACUUGGUCCAUUUUGUUUCAGUAAGUCACAUCCUCAUGAUGGUGGCUGUGUGUUUCACUGGUGCUCGUGCCAUGUGAUGACAGCUGGCCCAAGACCCCUUACCCAGCCAUGUGCUGUGCAGACAUGUUUAGUGACACGUUCACACAUGUGUAUGGAUUCAGUAAAUCUUUCAAAAAAGUAAAUCUAGUUGGUGAGUAGAUGAUUAUUUGAAAGUUUUCAUAAUGAAGAAUGCAACCCCCCCCCCCCCCAAAGACCC